AUGUUGUUUGCCGUCGGCGUCUGGCUGCAAUUCUUGGCAAUAGCUGUUUGCGAAGAGAAUGUGGCUCGUUUAUACAAUCACUUGAUGGAGGGAUAUGAACGAGAGGUGCGACCCUCACUGCAACACGAUCGGCCGAUCGAUGUCUCUUUCGUCUUUUCACUCACACAAAUUAUUGAUGUGGAUGAACGAAAUCAAAUAUUAACGACAAAUGCCUGGGUACGGCAACAUUGGAUGGACUAUCAACUUGUUUGGGAUCCGAGGAGGUUUGGAAAUGUGACGAAGAUACACAUUCCGUAUGAAAGAAUAUGGAAACCGGAUAUCAUUCUUUACAAUAAUGCUGAUUCGCAAUACACGAAAUCGGUGAUGAGCACUGAUGUUGUGGUGAAUUUUAUGGGAAAUGUCACCUAUGCAACGGCAGGGAUUUUCAAAUCGAGUUGUCCUCUUGAUGUUAGGUUUUAUCCGUUUGAUCACCAAAAUUGCACGCUAAAGUUCGCUUCGUGGGCUUAUGAUGGCACGAAAAUUGACAUCCAUUUACCGACGAAAAUUGGCGAUAAAAACAAUUACAUGAUCAGCACCGAAUGGGAAUUGGUGGAGAUUUGGGCUGAAAAGAAUAACAUCGUUUACUCGUGCUGUCCGGAGCCUUAUCCCUUUGUCGACGUGCAUAUUUCAAUCGAUAGGCGGCCUAUGUUUUAUGUGUUCAACCUCAUUUUGCCAUGCGUGUUAAUCUCGGGCAUCGCGCUGCUCGGCUUUUACAUGCCGAGCGACAGCGGAGAGAAAGUCACUCUUGGAAUCACUUCACUUCUUUCAACGACAGUUUUCUUGAUGUUGGUCGCUGAGGGAAUGCCGCCGACAGCUGAGGCAUUGCCGCUUAUCGGAAUCUACUACGGAGUGACAAUAUUUUUGGUCUCUUUGGCUACGGCGAUGACUGUUUUCACGCUAAACGUUCAUCACAAGGGUGUUCAUGGGCAUCCAGUGCCUCGAGUUGUGCAGUUUAUCGCGUUUCGUCUCUUGGCUCGAAUGCUCUUCCUCCGACUUGAGCCCUAUCAUUCCAUCACACAGCACGUUCGAUUUGUCUACGAUCGAGAACACCCGGCUGAAAGCACGUUCUUUGCACGGGUUAAUCUACCGUUUUUGCCGAAACGAGAGAACAUUCCACUCUUGAACUCAUCAGCCGCGAUUUCUGCUUCUCCUCAUCCACAGCGAAGUCGAUCACCCAGUAACCCCUCGGCUUCGGCGAGAUCAAGCAAAAAACCACCACCUUUUCUCUUUCGUAAUGGAGCCUGUGGUGUCUCAUUCUCUGAUUCGUUGCUGAUCACCGAUCAAUCGUUACAUCUGCAACCGACGCCAAAAACCUCACACAGUUCGCCCAUUCAAAAGAUAAGCACAAAUGAAGAAAUGAAAGCAGAAGAAAUAAACGAAGAUUUGGAUCCGUUUGAGUUCGAAUUUUUGCGAGUGAUGCAAAUGGUGCAUGCGACAAUUGAAAGAAAUGAGAUGCGACAAGCCGAGAAAGAUCGACGAGACGCUGCGAAACUCGAGUGGCAACAGGUUUCGAUGGUGCUCGAUCGUUUCUUGUUAGUGGUUUUCGUGUUGGGUACAGCGUCCGCCUCAUUCGUCAUUCUCUAUCAACGACAACUCGGCAUCUUUGAG